UCUAUCGUUUAUCGGCCGUCAUUUGCCGCAGUUAAGAUAAAAACGCAAACGCUGCAACAGUCAAGGCAUUCGCGAGUUAAUUGCAUUUAAAAUUAUGUCACAAAGCUGAUAAACGCUUCAAUAAUCAAACGCAACAGCAACUGCUAGACGAAAGGAGCGCCAGAGCAGCCGAAAGCUCUUCCCAUGGAUCGCAGCUUGGAUUCCAUUGGCAGCUGUUCAUUAGAUGUUGAUGCCGAUUCAUCCGACAUAUCAGACACGAGCGGCAGCUUAAACUUUCCAACGCCCCUCUCCGUGAAGGACAUAACGCGCGAAUUUACGGCCAACAUUAAGGAACGGUGCACUCUGCGCUCCCCGCAGCAGCCGCAGCCACAGCCACAGCGUACGCUAACCACAAACUCCUACGUCAAUCUGGAUCAGCGCACGGGCGGUGUGCGCAUGGUGCUGUCACCGCCGGACCUAGUCGAUGACUCGCAGCAGCCCCACAACAAUAGCAGCGGCAGCGGCGGCAGUAGCGGCGGCAACGGCAGCCUUGUCCUCGUCGAUGCGGGAGAGAAGAAGCCCAGCUAUUUGAAUUUGGCCUGCUGCGUCAACGGCUACUCGAACCUGACCACCUACGACUCAAAGAUCCGGCAGGACAUCAACAAAUCGCGCGAAGUAUCGCCCAUACGACCCUCCACCAGCAGUCUGCAGUAUUGCAAGCGCAACAAUUCGCUGGCGGCCCCGGUGCUACACACAAUGCCGCUCACCCAGCAGCCCGUCAAGGUCAACCAGAAGGCCAACAAGUACACAAUGAUCAUCAACGAGACGAACAAUAACAACAACAACACUAGCAAAAACGGACAUCUGGAGAACGGAGAUGGACACGGAUAUUGCAAUGGUGGCAGCGCUGCGAACAAAUCUCUCUCUCUGGGUGCUGCAACAACGACAACCGGCAGCUUUAUACAGCAGCGCGUCGAGCGUCUGUACGGGCCGGGCGCACUUGCUCAGGGCUUUUACAGUCCCAAAAAGCACAGUUCGUCGCCUGUUGGACGACAGCAGCAACUGCAGCAGCAGCAACAGCAGCAGCAGCUGCAACAAUCUCAGCAGGAGUCACCGCAAAUCACGGAGCUGUCGCGUAAGUUUAAGCAGCUCUCGCCCAGCAAGGAUUACGGCGAGUUUCGCAGGAAGCUGCAAACGAAUUGCACACAAGCGGCCACGGCGCGUUCGCAAUCUGAACAGCCGGCGGCCACACACAACGGCGAUGUGGACUUGCCCGUCUUUAGGCAUUUGAGCCAUGAAUUUCGUGCACAGCUGCCCACGGUGUCGCCCAAGCGCAAUGUGCAGCGCAUUUCUCCGGCGCCUGAGCUGGUGGUGCCGCCGCCGCCCAGCAGCAACGGGCUGCAGCUGGCUGCGGAUGUGGUGGACCAUGAGCCCAUACGCACCGAGGAGGAGUACUUGGGCACCACCAAAAUCUCGGCGCCCGCCGAGCUGGCUGCUGUCAAGGCCGUACCAGAAGCCAAGGAGACGGCGGCGGUCAAGGAUGGCAACUAUUUCCUGAAAAUACUGAAAGACGAACAGGUUCGUCUGCUCGCGCUGGCCGCCGUAGCUGAGAAGUAUAUCGAUGCCUUGACUAACAAUCCUGAUAUCACGGAGGACACUUUCGGACUGCUGCGUGCGGCCUCGGGCAAGGCGCGUCUGCUUGCCACACAGAAAAUGAAACAGUUCGAGGGUCUUUGUCACAACAAUUUGAAUCGGUCGCCGGAGGAUGCGUUUCCCACCACCCUCGAUGAUUUGCAGGGCUUCUGGGAUAUGGUUUAUUUGCAGGUGACGCAUGUCGAUACCAUAUUCGAGGAUAUUGAGCAAUUAAAGCGCAGCGAUUGGCAGCGCGCUAUUGAUCCCAAGUCAGAGCUGGCGCCCAUUAAGACAACAACAAAACCAACUGCAAAGACUGGCAAUCAGAAAGCGAAAACAACUGGUGGCGGUGCGUCGAAUGCGGUGGCAGCCAUGAAGCGGGAGGCGCAGCGUAAACAAUUGCUGGAAAUGAAGCGUCAGCGUCGCGAGGCUUUGGCCGCCGCUGCCAAAAAUCAAACGGCCUGUGAUGAUAUUGUGUCAGAUACAGUAAACAUUGCCGUGAAGAACAGCAGCUGAAUUUUGCUGAAUAGCAUUUGCAAUACGUGCAUACAACAACAACAACAACAACAUGCUCUCUAGUUAUAUACAUAUAUAUUAAAUUAACUCACACACACACACACACGUAGCACACUCAUGCACACUCGACAAAAUACUUAGAAAUUCCUAGUUGAAUUAAUCCUUAACUAGUCCCAACUAAAAAUGAUAUCUAUAUGCGCGCGGUGUGAAGCUUUUAAAACAUAUUGCAUAAUUAAAUUGGAAUUGUGUCACAAGUUGUCACAACAACAAUAACAAACAUUAUCAGCUUGCGCCCCAUCAAUACUACUAUAUACAAAAAAAAGAAAAAAAAAAAGCAAAAUAAACUAAACAAAUCUAACAAAAACAAACAAAUCUACACAACACACAUGAAUAUUAUAAAGAGUUAUCAACGUUAACGGCUCGUCGUAAUUGUUUAUAAAGUUUGCCUUAUCUACGUGUUUUUUGCUCGUUAAAUCAUUUUGCUGUGCACCCAAAAACAACAAAAAAAAACAACAAACAAAACGAAACAAACCAGAAACGAGAGUUUGUAGUUUUUUAACCGUGCGUUUUAUUACAAAACUCAUGCAACAUUUAAAAAAGACAUUUAUUUUUGUGUAAUUGUAUUAGCGACCUAAGUGCAACAAACAAACAAACAAACAAA